GGCUGCUCACUGGUAGCCCCGCCCACCGCCUGCCAAUCACUCUUAAAGGCCACGUCUCAGCUUUUUUCACAUCCAGUUUUACAGCAGAAACCUUUCAUCCCUGAAUGCGAGCGCAUUGCUGAGCAGAAGGUGAAUAAAGCAGACAGUAUGCUGCGGUGGAGAGUGUCGAAGCCCACCGUGCUGAGUCUGGUGUUAAUCCAGGCGGCUGCAGUGGUGCUUCUGUACGGAUGGUACAGCCGUCCACCGUCUCCAAACACGGCUGCGUCCGAGGGCAAGGUGCAUGUGCUGCUGCUGUCCUCAUGGAGAUCCGGCUCCUCGUUCCUGGGCCAGGUGUUCAACCAGCAUCCGGAUGUCUUUUACCUGAUGGAGCCCGGCUGGCACGUGUGGACGUCUAUCCAGAAGGCCGGCGCACGCAGUAUGCGGAUGGCGGUGCGCGAUAUGAUUCGCAGCAUCUUUCAAUGUGACAUGUCGGUGAUGGACGCUUACAUGCCCCAGCCGCGCAACGUCUCCAACCUCUUCAUGUGGAGCCACAGCCGCGCGCUCUGCUCUCCACCCGCUUGUUUUCUCACGGCGCGCGACGAGAUUAGCAAAGAGCAAGACUGCAAGCUGCACUGUGACACGCAAGGUUUGAAGCUCGCCGAGGCGGCGUGUCGGACUUACAGCCAUGUGGUGCUAAAAGAGGUGCGUUUCUUCGAGUUGGAGUCACUGUAUCCACUAUUGCGCGACCCGAGUUUGGAUCUGCGCAUCAUCCAUCUGGUUCGUGAUCCUCGAGCGGUACUUCGUUCCCGCGAGCAGUCGGUCAAAGCCCUGCUCAAAGACAGUGCUAUAGUCCUGGAGCAGGCUAAUGUCCCGGAAAAGGAUAAAUCUUAUCAGGUCCUGCAGGAGAUUUGUCGCAGCCAUGUGCGAAUUUAUGAAACCGCCAUGUUAAAGCCACCUGAUUUCCUAAGGGGGCGCUAUAAGAUGGUCCGUUAUGAGGAUCUAGUGCGCAACACGCUGUCUGAGAUCGAAGCCAUGUAUGAGUUUGUGGGUUUGGAGCUGACCGAAGAGUUGCAGGAGUGGAUCUACCGCAUCACACAUGGGAAGGGCAAGGGAACGAGGAAGGAGGCCUUCAAGAUCACCUCGCGAAACGCUGAGGACGUCUCCCUGGCUUGGCGAACCACCUUACCGUUUGAGAAGGUCCAGCGCAUCCAGAAGGUCUGCAAAGGAGCCAUGACUCUGCUGGGAUAUAAGACUGUGGACAGUGAGAAAGAGCAGAAGCUGCUGAAUUUAGACGUGAUGGCCCCGCGAGAGCGCUAUCAGUUCAGCUGGCUACCCUCGAAAAGCACAACCGCGAAAGUAUCGAAAACAUAAGAACUGUGGCAUUUGCCCUUCGGAUUUGUUCUCGUUCGCUUCAUACAAAAGGACAAUCGAACUUGAGUGUGCCAUUGAGCUGCAGAGAACAGGACACUAGAGCAAUAAAGCGCUGUUCUCUUCCUUUGCACAGCUUUUAACACUG